GUAUGGGAGUGUUUCUAAUUGUUUUUGUGUGUUUCUUUUUGCUGUUUUGGAUGAUAUGGGUAACUUACUGUUUUUUCCCUGCAGGUUCGACCACUACUGUUGGUUCUUCUUCCUCGUCUGACGGCUUCGUGUCUGCUGGUCGGCCCUCUGCUCUGCGAACUGGUCAGUUCUUGUUUAUUUUCUCUGCUUAUUUUCUGUCCAUGUUGUUGUCCUUUUUGGCUAGCGCGACCUUUUACUUGUUCUACGUGCCACUGUUGGCCUAAUCGUUGUGCAGAAGACACUAGCAUGUAGGCCUUAGGGCACGAGAUGCCUGCAUGUGCGAUCAAACGAUGAAGGUUAAGUCGAAUGGAAACACAUGGGGCAUGCAGUGCAUGCAUGCACUGGAACGGCAAUUCAUCGAUGCAUGCAGUGUAUGCCUGCAAUCCGAUGAAUAUACACCGCUGCAUGCAGCGCACGCGUGCAACCCGAUUAAUAUAGUCGCCGCAUGCAGCGCACGCGUGCAACCCGAUGAAUAUGCUCGACGCAUGCAGCACACGCCUGCAGCCCGAUGAAUAUGCUUGCUGGCGUUCAAUUGUGUGCCUCCUGUUUGGGUAUACGACCACGUCCCAAGGCCGGCCCGCUGGAGGAUCAUCUGAACAUCAAGACUACUAGGCAGACGGCAUCACCAGUUUAGCCUAAUUCCAUGUCUCUUUAUUUUCUAUUAAGUUUAGUACCCACUUUCAGAGAAGUGUUCUUCUUGUUUGUCUCCUAGAAAAUAAAGCUUCUAAGCCCUUUAUUUAUCUGUUUCGCAGCAAUAUGUACCCCUUUUUUACUUAAUACCAAUAAUAUUUCCAUUCCCGUAUGUGCGCACUCUAUGUCGUACGCUAUGACAUCCUUACAAUUAUUUUCAUCAUUUGCAUGCAUAGUACCGGAAAAAAAUGAGUCAUACGAGACCACCGCUUUGAACUAGCAGGGUUACAGUCUGACCCGGCUGCCUCCUGUAGUCAUACGAGACCACCGCUUUGAACUAGCAGGGUUACAGUCUGACUCGGCUGCUUUCUGUACACAGCCUGGGCAUGCAACCGUCCAUCUUUCCCUCUAUCUCCACGUAGAACCGAGUGUGCCACCUACUGGAAUGGAGUGCAGAAAAUGCUUGCCAUUUGGCAACCUCAACGAAACAUAACGAUGACUCAUUCAUCUAUGCAUGCUCUAUAUAUUACCAGUUGGACACUCUUGACCAACAUCAACUGAGUACACCACAAUGGACGAAGCUUAUCAUUCCCAGAGAGCAUCCUCCAUGGCAAAGCAAGUUAGGAAGAAGGGUAAACAUCCAGCACUGAAUUUUAAUCAUGGAAGCGGAAGUACCUCGGAUGAGAAUUUUAUAGUGUAUAUUCCAAGACGACCAAUGCUUGAAACAGUGAGUGAGACAAUUGGCUUAAAAGUACAAGGGUACACCUGUUGGUAUGUUCAUGAAGGUAUGAUACAAGCGUCCGUAAUAAUUGCUAUUGUCUUAAAAGUACAAGGGUACACCUGUUGGUACGUUCAUGAAGGUAUGAUACAAGUGUCUGUACUAAUUGCUCUACCACGUCAAAAAGAUAGCUUCAGAGAAUCCUCCAUUACAUAUGAAGGAGAAGCAGCUAAUACAGAAGAUGAAGCAAUGGAAAAAUCAGCUCAGGUGCCCUUAGAAUGCAUCUGUGCAGACUAUAAUAUUUCUAUCAAUGAUCAUAAUUACUAUGCUCUUGAAGUCACAAAGGAAAGGUUGUUUACAGCAAGAGAGAAGGCUCAAACAAAGCAAUGGCAAUUCAAUAUAGCCCACCAGUAAGUAAACACACAGCAAAACGAGUUUGCAAGACAG